GUCAUGGAUUUUAGCACUUCGUCAGUGUUUGAUCGUCAGAAAGGCGAUUCAGCAGAAGAAAUUGACCUAACUCUGGUGUAUCAAGCAGCAGCUAAUGGGGAUAUUAAUACUUUAACUACUGUCAUCCGUGAAGAUCCUUCAAUAUUAGAAUGCUGUGAUAGUGAGGGCUGUACCCCCUUGAUGCAUGCCAUUUCAGGACGCCAACUUGAUACAGUGAAAUUGCUGCUAAAGAUGGGAGCCAAUAUUAAUACUCAAGAUGCCCGUGGGCGCACUAGUUUAUCUCUGGCAACCUAUCUGGGAUGGCUUGAGGGUUGUGUUAGCCUGCUAAGAAAUGGAGCCAGACAGAACAUCCCAGAUAAAAAUGGAAGAUUACCCCUACACGCUGCCACUGCUGACCCCAAUGUCAGACUGUUAUCUGUAUUGCUUCAGCAGUCGGACCUAAGUGAAAUUAAUCAUCAGGAUAAUGAGGGAAUGACAUCACUCCAUUGGGCUGCAUUCCACAAUCAACCUCAGCAUGUUCAGACAUUGCUGCAUAAAGGAGCAGAUCCAACUUUGGUGGACAAAGAUUUUAAAACAGCUCUUCACUGGGCAGUUCAGAGUGGAAACCGGAUCCUAUGUUCCAUUAUCCUGAACCACCAUCAAGGCCCGUCAAUAAUAAACUAUGAUGACGAGAACGGGAAGACUUGCAUUCAUGUUGCAGCUGCUGCAGGAUACAGCGACGUUAUUAGCGAGCUGGCUAAAAUCCCAGAAUGCAACCUGCAGGCGCUGGACGUGGAUGACAGGACACCUUUGCAUUGGGCUGCAGCAGCAGGAAAAGCUGACUGUGUUAAGAUUCUGCUACAGCUGGGGGUAGAGAGCAGCCCCAGGGAUAUCAAUGAGAAUACACCCCUGUCAUAUGCCCUGUUUUGUGGGCACACAGCAUGCAUUGCACUGCUCUCUCAAGAAAACAGACCCGAGUUAUUCCAUCACGUUUCCUCCCAGAACAACAAAUUAUCGAAGAAGGAAGGGAGAUUCAGUAUGCUUAACCAAAUCUUCUCCUCUAAAAAGAAAAAGGGGGAUUGGAAGGCAAAUUUGAAAGAGAAGAGUAGAGACAGAUCCCAGAGGGAAGAGACCUCAGAAGUAGAUGAGAUUAUCACCACAUUUGACUGCAUAAUGGAUUCCAGCUAUAAUUGUUCAUCCAAGGAGUGUAUGAAAGCUACUGACCUUAAGAAAAGAAAUGCAGACACCAAGAAGUACCUCAUUUCAGAAAAUAAUACACCAGAUUACAAUGGCUUUCCACCAAUCAGAACACAAAGUCUCCCACCCAUAACUGUGAGUCAUUCUUUUUUAACAUCUUCUCACACUACAAUCUCUAGCAUGAAUAUGGAGAGUGAUUCUCACAAUUUUGCAACCUGGUCUCAAAAAAGCAGAAGUGAACAUGAUUUAUCAAGUCAAAGAAGCAGCCAACAAGCUUUGGACAGCCCUUGGAAAGUUGACAAAAACCAAACAUCCAAAUAUAAAGACUGGACAACCAUGCCUUCUGAUAAUAAACUGAUAGAUGGAUUGUUCCCAAACAGAUCUCAUCAUGUGUUAUGCCCUCCACAUCUUCCCCAUCUGUCUAAUUUGUCACCAGGGAAAAACUUUCAGCAGACAACUUUAGAACUUCCCAGAGUAAAAGACCUAACAGCUGUAAGGAACAACUUGGCCCCCAUAGUAAAACACUGUGAACAGAAAGUCCAGCUAUCACCCAACCAAGCUCCUCAAGGUACCAAAGAGUUGAAGAUAUUGUCUUUAAAUUCAUUGAGAACUGGCACAUCUAUUUUGCCACCAACAUUUGCUACCAAGUCCACAAACGCAGGACUUUCCCAGUACUCAUUCUUAUCACUGCAAUCAACCAAGCCUCUCCGAACUAGUAAAGUCCUGCCAGCCAUUCCAAGCCAGAAAGGAUCCAGCUUCACAAAUGGUUCGACCUCCCAUGCGCAGGCGCUGUGGCUGCAAGGAAGACCCCAGUCGGGGCCCCUUCCCCUACGGCGAACCCCUCCCCCGUCGCCCCCCUUUUGGGACCCAAAGCUCGGAAUCCUGGCAGCCAGAGACCCGUUACGGGAAGCACCUCCUCUCCGUUUGCCACGCCCAUCGCCGCACGUGACCACCAUGCCGGCCAAUGGCGGCCCGAAUGGGUCCCUCGCGCACGCCGUGUCGCUGCAGUUAUACCCGAGAGACGGCGCCGAGACGUCUCCGCCGCUGGGCUGGAGGGCGAUGGUUCGAGGCCUGCGGGUGUGGCGCAACUAG